AUGAAAGACUAUGGUGUCACCGAAGAAGAAGCUAUUCGAAAGUAUAACGAGUCAAAACAAGGUGGUUUGGGCGGUACCCUCAUGGACGGAUCUGAACGCGGUCUAGGCUACGAGGGCGUUGGUUUGAGCGACGAGGUCGUCUGUAAGAGAAAACUUACUCUUCAGAAGUUGCAGCAGGCCUUGUCUGAUAAUAAUAAGGGAGUUAUACUCGUCCGUGCUCCGCCAAUGGCGGGUAAGACUUUGCUCGCUCAGCUUUUCGAACACUACUUGCUCGAAUUACCAGAAUUCCAGAGUCGAUCUUUCGGCUGUCAUUGCUGUGGAUGA